AUGAACAUUCCGUUGAAUCGACUCAUUCGAACGAGUGGUGGUUUCCAACCCUUUUUAGAAUUUACAUUAUAUUCGUUUCCUCCAUCUACUUGCUCUUGGAGAGUUCGGGCAGCCUUGUAUCAUCAUUUACCAAUGUUAAGCCGAUAUGUUCGUAUCGGAACCGAUCAUCAAGAGGAAAAUAAGAUGAAAAACAACGUCGAUUCAAACAAUUACUGUUUGGAAUUGUAUCAAAAAUUUACAAGUCAUCAUUUGAUCCCUAUUGAUUUAUUUGCAAAGGAAAAUGAAGAGAGUUCGUAUUUGAAGAUUAAUCCAAUGAAACAAGUGCCUGCAUUGGUGGUAAAAGCACUCGAUCGGGAAAAGGUGGAAGAGAAGGACGGAAUUGUACUCACUCAAUCUUUACCUAUUGUCGAGUUUUUGGAUCAUUUGGUGCAAGUGAUUCGUUCGAAUGAUCAAAAGCAUAGUAGUGGUAGUAUCAAUAACAAAGAAACCUCUCAAUAUCCGUUGAGAACAUAUUUAAUUCCCAAAUCUGAUCUAUUUAUUGAAUUUAAAACUCGACAAUUGAGUGAAAUUAUUAAUGCAGGAAUUCAACCCAUGCAAAAUGUUCAGUUAUUAAGAAUGUUACCCAAAGAACUUCGUGGAGAACAAAACAAAAAGUGGAUUGGAGAAUGGCAUCGAAAGGGUCUUCGACAGGUGGAAUUAAUUUUGAAAGAACAAUACGAGUCGAUGGAGAGAAUGGAUGAAUUAGUGCAUUCUGGAAAAACAUUGUAUUCCAUUAGAGAGUGUGCACACUUGACCAUGGCAGAUUUGUGUUUGGUGCCAAGUGUGGAGGCCUCGAUUCAACGAAGUGAUAUUCAUAUGGAAGAGGAAUUUCCAUUCUCAUUUGCAGUUUAUAAUUCUUUGAAGAAUUUAGAUGUUUUUACGCAUACUCGAAAUUAA